AUCGACUCUCUGGCAACUUCACAGCUCGUUUGUUGUAUUCCAUACUGUGCAUAAGGUUAACUUAUUUGGUAAACAAAAGUAUCGGUAUUCGGCAAGAAAUUGUUCAAAAAUGGUUAAGUUAACGCCGGAUCUGAUACAGCAAUCUAUGCAAUACAUAAAUCCUGUGAAAGAUCGUGAAUUGGAUUUGAGAGGAUAUAAAAUACCUACAAUCGAAAACUUGGGUGCGACUCUGGAUCAAUUCGACACAAUAGAUUUCUCGGACAAUGACAUUAGGAAAUUAGAUGGAUUCCCGCUGUUGAAAAGAAUCAAAACACUUUUCUUUAAUAACAAUCGUAUUGUCAGGAUCGGCGAAGGGCUGGAGCACUGUAUACCAAAUCUGGAAACGCUCAUGUUGACUGGAAACAUGAUUCAGGAACUUGGCGAUUUGGAGCCCUUGACGCCGUUCAAAAAUUUGACCAAUCUUUGCCUGUUGCAAAAUCCAGUCUCAGCAAAACCUCAGUACAGGCAGUACGUAGUGUACAGGUUUCCACAGUUGAAGCUCCUAGAUUUCAGGAAAAUUAAGAUGAAGGAACGCGAGGCUGCUGUAGACUAUUUCCGUAGCAAGCGAGGAAAGGAAAUGGUUCGCGAGAUUGCGAAGAAAGCGAAGACCCAGGCUUCUGGCACAUUUACAGACAAACCUUUGACCACUCCAGAGGAACGUAAUAAAAUUAGGGAAGCUAUAACGAAUGCUUCUUCCCUGGAAGAAGUGCAACGCCUCAGCAAACUGCUUCAAGCAGGACACAUGCCCAGCGAAGAGAGAUUACAGAAUGGGAACACAGUACCUGAGGCAAUGGAGGAAGAAGACGAUUAAAUUUCCGAUACGUUAUUCUCAGAUACAUUAAAUGGGUACAUGUUAUUUCUGUAAGUAUUGAUCGACAAUUCUGGCGAACGUGUAAGCAGUAUGUUAAGCUAAUAAGAAACCAUGCACUACACAACUCCAUUCUUAUUGGAUGAUGAUUCGAAUUAUUUAAAAUAAAAUGUUUAAAAUACCGAACUGCCGUGAAGCGAUUUUCAUAUAUGUAUGAUUACAUUACCAAUCUCUAGACUGUGGAUAUUUAUGCAUUUGUAACAUACAUGAACGAUACAAGUUUCUCUAGCGAAACAAAACUCUCUGAUAAAGGAACUGCGUUAUUGUGUAAUUUUUAUUUUUAUACCUAAAAAAAUAACGCGCUUGCAUAAACAUCCGCAAUCUGCCGAAUCACUACUCGAAAUGUUUACAAGUUUUAACAUAUACGUAUGUUUAUUUCAGUGUCCAUAAAAAUAAAUCGUUUUCACAUAAUCUUA